AUGGACCAGGAAGAAGAUCUGGACUUCAAGUCCUUGAGGGCAAAGUUCCAGGAUGAGGAAGUGCUGCUGAAGCAGCCAAGGACCAAACCUGCCCUUCCUGUGAAACCUAAAGUCCUGUCCCCUCCUCACAGCCCAACAAACUCCCUUCCUUCCUUCAGCCCCACAUCACACACACCCUCCAACUCACGCAGCCUAACGCCCGGAGCUCGAUCCUCCCUCCUCACCUCCCUCCAGGGGAAGGGUGACAUCGCACCCCGAGUCAUCUUCAAGGAGAAGGAGAAGAAGGUAAAGGGAAAAGACAAGAAUGAGGGGAAGGUGAAAUUACUAGGUAAAAAGAAGGCAGAGGCUGACAAAGAAAAGGCAGAUAGAGAGAUGAAUGGCGGGAAAGAUGAUGUAGAAGAUCUGCUGGACCAGAAACAGAAGACAGAGGCAGACCGAGUCAUGAAGAACAAGAAGGUGUCCCUGCUGUCCCCUAGGGGGUUUAAGGGGGGUAGUGUCGAGCUGGAAGAUGCUUCGCCACCGCCCAUAUAUGCAACAGUAAAGAAGAAGGGUUUUCGGGGCAUCGGGAAGCCUGUGAAAUCAGGGAAGAAAGGGAAAGAUGAGUUUCCUCCUCUCCCCAUGUUGGACAUAGUCAGCCCAGACAUGGCUGGCCCUGAACCUCUCAUCGCUCUAACAACCUUCAGAACCCCAUCACCCCAUGCUAAUAUACCCACACCAACUGCCCUCAUCCCACCAGCCCCAGCAGCUCACAUUACCCUCUUACCCCUUGCCCCGAAACCUGCCCCAGUACUAGAUGCCCUCUUACCCUCUGAGCUGUUACCCUCCACCCUGAUCCCUGCACCAGCAGCUGAAACCAUUACAGUCGCUACACCACCUGACCCCAUCCCCAUUCCAAUGAUCCCCGACCCUCCUAUCGUUGAGCCCAUCCCUGUUGCCCCCCUUACCCUGGAUCGAGGCCUCUGCCUCUCCACCUCCCUCUCACACCCCGCUUCCCCCAGCAGUGGACCCCCAGUCACACCCCCGUCCCCCCAGCCUGAGAGCCUCGUGUCGGUCCAGGAACGACCACUCUCAGCCCUGUCGGCUCUAGGGCGAGCAGAGGAAAUGAGUCCGCAAAAAAAAAGAGGAACAGAGAUCAUCUUCAAUGCUCUGGAGAAGGCCAAGAGAAAGUUUGGCAGCCCUUUGACCACACCCACCAUAGAGGACCAACCCCCACUCCCCCACAAAUCCCUCCCUGAGCUCCCACCAAUCGACUACAAUGACCAGGCCGGGGCGGGGCCCCCUACACCCCUGAAACCGUCCCUGGUCAACAGUGUUGACGUUAGGCCGGCGUUUCCUGUGUUGGAGAGGAUAGCAGGGGACGUGAUACCAGACCUGUUGGAGGCACCCCCUCCUCUCUCGAGGAGGUGCCUUCCGGAGGCCUCCACCCUGCGACCCCUGCAAGGGAAACCCCUCCGACUCCCCUCCAUGAACCUGCCCGCCCAUGCUGGGGAGAUUCCUGCUCCUCUAGAGUUCUCCGUAGCCGGUCCUGCUCUCGACGUUCCCGAGUUUGAGGAUGUAGGGUCGGAGCUUCUGAAAUUGGAAGCCCUAGAAAUCCAGCCUGCAGACUUGGUGGAGAUAGAGGGGUCCGAAUGGGGGAAUGGAGAAUAUGGCGACAACAUUCCAGAGACAGUGCUUCUAAAGCAGGAGAUUCUGGAAGAGGGGGAGGGGCUUCCAGAAUUCGAGGACCACAGAGUUCCAGAAUCAGAAUCGGUCGUCGGGGUUCCAUUGGGGGUUCGGGUGGAGUUUAUCCAAGAAACUGUCCCUGCCUCCCCUUCCAGCCAGGACCCCCAGCCAGAGGCAGGAGCCGAGACAGAAGACGGCACCUCUGAGAGCUGUGGCAAAGCCAACGAAGACAUGCCCUCAGCCAAACAGAAGGUCAAGGGUCAACCCACCAAGAAGAAGAAGGAACCAAAGAACCCAUAUAUUGAGACUCAGCCUCCGACGAAAGGAACAUCCAGGGGUGGCUGGUCUUUCAAGAGGCCUGCUCCGGAAAACCCAGAGGAGAAAGAUAUGAAGAAGAAAGAAAGACAACAUCUGGAGAAGGAGAAGAAAGAGCAGAAAGAGAGAGAGAAGAAGGAGCAGAAAGAGAGAGAGAAGAAGGAGCAGAAAGAGAGAGAGAAGAAAGACAAUGAGAUGAGGAAGUUUAAGAUAACAGGGCAGGAGGAGGCGAUCUAUCAGGCUACAGUGACAGUAGCAUCUAAAGGACGUAAGGACCACCUGGCUGUGAAGAAUAGGGACAUCGUCAGCAUCAUACGGACCACAAACUGCCCCAAAGGAAAAUGGCUAGCCAGGGACAGCACUAAUACAUAUGGGUACAUCUCACUGAGCCAGGUGGAGCUGGACAUUAAGGAGAUGUUGAAGCUGGGGAAGAAGGCUUCUCGUGCCAUCAGCCAUAAGGACAGCAGUACUGUGGUAGAACAGGGAGGAGAGCUGGCCAGGAUGGGCAACAGGACUUCCAAUCACUACCCACUACAGGACGAUGCAGGCAGCUUUACAGACGACAGUGAGGAGUGGGCGAAUGAUGACGAUGAACCGCUCUCCUACCCCAUGGAGGAAGAUCCUACAGAGAGUGGCCACAUCCAAACAAUCUCCAAGACGGGAAGCAGAGAGCUUAGCGUCCACCACCAACAAACACAGAAUUACGCCAACAUAGAUGGAAUGGAUAUGCAGGUGAAACAUGAAGCACUUCAGAAGCUGGCCACUUUCUUCCACAAACCUGUUGUAGAGGAACCCAUCAGGAGACCUGAAGAACCUGAACCAAUCAGCCCCGUGGAGAUAGAAGAACCAGUGUACCCAUGGAAAGUGGAAACAGAUUUGGAGCUUUCAGACAUGAUUCUUUCUCCUCCUGGCCCGUUUGCAGACGACAAUCAAUGACACUUAGUAGACUACCAACUACAGUUGGAGAGCAGAGGAACAACGGCAACAUGGUAUGUUGUCGAGUGCCAGUCAUCUCCAUGACAAUCACUCAGGUAACGGAGACAUGGAGGAUCGUUGUUUGGACAACCUGCAAUUGGAUGGACUAUUUCUCUGUUAUAAUAUUGUUUAGGCCAGGAUUCAACCCGAGAGCUCUAGUCAACAAUGCAGACGAAGGCAAUGUUACCGUCUUUGCGGAGACCUCAUUCAAGAUAAAUGCUGCAAUGUCGACUCAAUUGGAAAUGAUCUUUAAAAUGCCAAUAACGCUAUAGGGUUUCAGAUUGAAUCUCUUGUUCUGAUGUCCAUCCAGGGUUAUGGAGGAUGAGGUGAAGGAUACAAAGAGAGCAGUUCUGUUUAUACUAACUCUUCAAUAGUUUUAUACAAAGACUAUUAUGGGAUACCAUGCAUAGUGUAAUGUUUGUUUACAGGUGUUUGUGUUUGGCUAGAUGACAAUUCAACAGUCUGUAUCCAGCUACUGUCGCUGUCUAAAAUGACAGCCUAUUCCCCAUGUAGUACACUAACUUUGACCUAAGUGACACAGGGUUAACCACAUAGGGCUCUGGUGAAAAGUGGUGCACUACACAGGGAAAAGGAUGCUUGCCAUACUGUAUGAGAUGUCUGGUUUAUAUUCCCUGUGUAUUUCCCAUUAAGUAUUAGAGAGAGAGGGAAGUAAUUUGAUGAUGUAACCUUUAGUUGAAGUCCCGUUCAUUUAGCUACCAGCUCUGCUGGUUGUGAUCUGGCGAUUCAAUAAAAAACACAACUCAAUCAGUGGUCUAGUGUAUAGGUCAGUUUAAUUGUGUUUGACAAUAAAUACUCAGUAAAGUGCAAAUCAGAACAGCAACGCCAUGCAAUGCAUAGAACACAGAAAAGCCCACCUCAGACGGAGGGGAAGAGGUACAUUCCGCACACACAGACAGAAGAGAAGAACACUUUGGUUCCAGAAGUCUGGAUACGGUGACAACACACCUUAACCCUUGGAAAGAGGUACACCUUACACUGACAGAGUGGGUGUGUAUUACUUGAAGUAGUAUGUGUGUGUAAAUAACAGAAUAUAGGGUCAUUGCUGUGAGUAAUUGCAUGAGUGUAGCAGCAGGAAGGAGAGUUUCUCCCUGACCUUGUAGCAGCUAUAGUCAGACACAGUGUUCAAAACAUUAAGAACCUUCCUAAUAUUGAGUUCCACCCCUUUGUCCUCAGAACAGCCUCAAUUCGUAGGG